UCUAAUAAUUUUGGGAUUUAGAAAGGUCCACGAAUUGCUUUUUAAUGCCCUUUUCUAAGCCAUUCCUCUGCACCACAGUGAAUCCACCAGCUUUUGGUUUCUCCAUCCUCCUGGUACAUACUCAAGUUGCAUCCUCCUCUUGUUUGAUUAACUUCUUUUUCUUAUAUUUCUGAAGAGUUGUUUGAUCAACAUAGACCAUGUGCUUUAGACAGAUACAAUUUCUUGCUAUUUGAUGCUCUUAUAUGUCCUGAGUUUUGUCAAUCCUCUUUAGAAAAUUGAGAUCAAUCCCAUCUGGAGUUCGCCUGAAGCUUUUGCUUCAAAGCAAGCUAUGAAGGAAAUGGCUCAAACUAGGAGGCUUAAUAAGGAAUGUGAAGAGCCAACAUUUGGUGUUGGAAGCAUUGGCAAAGUAAGAGUUCUUAUGAUGCAAGAGUUGGAUUCCGUGUCUUCUAGACGAAGACCUACCAAUGCUACUGUGCCAGUUUCAGUCUACUGUUGUGAGAAAAGAAGAAGAUCAGUACAAGUCAAGAAGACUAAAUCUGAUCAGAGAAACAGCACUAGUACUGGUUGCAAAAGCAGCAUUUUAAGCAGUGAUACAAGAAGAUCAUCAGGAAUAAGCAGUCGAAAGAAAGUUCAUAAUCAAAGUCCAUCUGCUCAAUCCAUUCCUAUGUUGGAAUCAGAAGACAUUUCUCUGGAAAGAACUCCAGCCAGAGGCUGUCAAGAGAGGCGAAAAACUCGAAUAGUCGAAAUUGUGGAUCUAAAAUGUGGGAAUUCUGGGAAAGGAUGGUCUUCUCCUAUUACUGAUCAGCUCAGAAGGCUCAGUUUCUCAAAGCUUUCUGAUUGAUCUUGCAAUAAUUUCAUCAAAAUCUAUUCAACUUGUUAAAUGGUACCGCAGAGCUGCUGAAUGCUCCCGAAAAGCAAGCCAUUUGUAAUAGAUUUAACAAGUCACAUUCGCUUUUUGUACAUGUCACAAAAUUGUAAAAGGGUUUGUCAAGGAAUGUCAUUUCCAGGACAUUUUCAUGUAGACAGCUUAUACGGAUUCUUAUUUCAAAUAAUUGUAUCAAUGUGCAAUACACAAGCUUCUAAAUGAGAACUUAUGGAUGAAAAUUGCU